AUGCAUUCAAUAAAUUUCUUAGAUGAAAUAUAUGAUGUACCUGAUGAUGAAAAUGAUUUACGAACACCGGUUGAAAAAACAGAACUUGAUCUAUUUUCAGCAGAUGAAACAAGAAUUGAUAAUAAUAUGAAUAUUUUAUCUUACUGGAAUUUAAACGAAAUAUUAAAAGAAAUUUAUCCUCCAGCAGUUGAACAUUGCACAAAAAGACAAAGUAGUUUAAUUUCGACUGAUUCAAUACCAUCAAUAACACUUAAUAAAAAAAUCAAAUUAAUGACAGAAACUCAAGAAGUCGAUGAAGCAACAACCGACGAAGAUAAUGAUGAUGAACAACUUUAG